UGGGGAGGAAGAGUGGUCGACGAUGUGUCUGCAGAUUGUGCAGGAAAUCCAUUUGUGGGGGCAGUAGAGAAGAGAAGGAACAUUUCUUCAAAAGCAAGGAGUUCAGAUGCCCGGCGGGGACCCCUGCUGUGAAUUAUACCAUAUGGGCGAAGAACAUGGACAAGUGUCCGAAGGACUUUGUUGUCUCGAUUGAGGAGUUGAAGAGGCUCCCUCCUGGCGCUCCGGCAUUCCAGUGGGCGGCACUUUUAUUCCCAGAGGACUCGAAGCCUCGCCGGUCGCUUGCUAGUGAGGCAGGGCCGUCUCGCGGUGCAGUUGGUGCACCGGUUCUGGCACCUGUGGCGGGAGGACCGUCGGCCGGUGCAGUCCCACCGCCGGUACUUGGAGGGACCGCAGUGCCGUCGGCAGAGGCAACGAGACCGCCACCUGCGUCGCUCGAGGGCCACUGUGUCUCUCUGUCGGUUGGAUUGCAUCCUAUGUUCACGACUACCGCGGCCAGAGCAUCAGCUGCAGCAGGAGCUCCUCUUGCAGGUGACCGAGACACAGCUGCGGCAGCCACGGCUCGGUGGUCUCCACCUCGACCUCCACGUUCAACUCCAUCUUUGGUAGCGGCUGACUUGCGGGCGCCAGAGCGCACAGGCGCGGUACCUACGUCACGGUGGUCUCCUCCUCGUCCUCCGCGUUCAGCUGCCCCUCAGUCGCACCCACCACUGCACCAGGACGUGCAGGGGACUGCGGCUCACACGCAUCCACCGUCGACUCAGGCGGCAGAGGGCGCGGGUCCGCCCCCACCAAUUCCACUAUCUGAUUCUUCACCCACGCCUGCUGCCAAGACUGCCCCCACAUUCGCUGGUGUGGUCGCAGGGGAUUUGGAUCCUAUGGAGCGGCUACGCAACAUUCCACUUCCACAGGCCGCCACACCGGCGAGUCCAGCUGGUUUGUUUGACAUGAGUGCCUCUGGUACGGUCGCACGAGGGAGGGGCACAUACAAGCAGCAGGUGGUCACCUCGUAUUAUUUUGACCCUAGAGAGCGUGCAUGGCACAUGACGAUCAUGCGGUUCAUCGUGGAGAGUGGCAUGCCAUUUAACUGCGUGAAGCUUGAUAGCUUCAGACGGAUGUUCACAAUCAUCGUCCCUCCUGGGGUCCCCGGGGCUCCCGUGCCUAAACCCCCGACUUAUCACAUGGUUCGAACGACGUUGUUGGAUGAGCUGGAUGCAGAGGUGCAGCGGUGUGUGAGACCAGUGCUCGAUACCGCGCGUCAGAGUGAUUGCACUAUUAUGACGGAUGGUUGGACAAACAUCCGUGGUCAGACAUUGUGCAACUACCUUGUCGGUACAGAGAGGGGACCCGCGUAUCUUGCCACUGAUGUUAUGCGGGGGAGGAAGGACGCGCCAACAUUGGCGAAGGCAUGGUUGCACAGGCUGAAGACCCUCGAUAUCCAACUCAACGACAUCACGACGUUUGUCACGGAUUCUGCAGGUGUGAACGUGUCCGCCAUGCAGAUAUUCGAGGAGGACGAAAGCGUUGGUCAGGAUGCCGCCGAGAUCACAGCAUGUGUGGGGUCUCCUCCAUGGUGGGAGGAUUUGAGGCGUUUGUGUAAUAUCAUGGACCCGGUCAUGGAGAUGCUGCAUAUGUUGGACAGUGACACACGGCAGAUCAGCAAGGUCCUGCAUCGGUAUGAGAUUAUGAUCGCAUCCUGUCUUACCGCGUGCGACUCCCUCACCGCGACAGAGCAGGAUGAGAUCCUUGAUGUUUUCGACAGGCGGCGCACCAUGUUCCGUACUCGAGUGCACAUAGCGGCCAUGAUGCUUGAUCCUGAGUUUCGAGAUGCCACCCUGCCGGACGACGAUGUGAUGCAGCAGGGGUUGAUUGCCGCUUUGGUUCAGUUCGGCUACCCCGAGGGAUCUCCCUCCGAUAGCGACGACGAGGAUUUCUUCUGUACCGCCAUGCCGCGAGGCGGAGACGACGACGGCAGGCCGGACGACGACCGUCCGGAUGAUGACGAUAGUGAUGAUGGAGCGGGCGACGGUCGGGACCCUCGAUCGUUGAGACGGGGUGGUGGCACUGGUGGGAGAGGUGUUGUUGCACCACGAGAUGCAGCACGUGAUGGCGGAGGAUUAGACGUCGUCGACGGAGGAGGCGGCUCAGGCGGGCCACAGGCCGAGGAUAUCGGAGCAGCGCUGGAGCGUACACGUGCGGAUGUGACUAUGGACGCCGAGCAGAAUGCGGGAGUGGAUGUUGUCGACGGCGGAGGCAGCAGGGAUGGACAGGCCAGUCCCCCGCAUGGCUCGAGACCUCACCUCGUACGAUUGCGGCAUGGGCCGAAGAGGACACAGUCGAUUGCCGAUCUUCAUGGCGCAGAGAAGGACGCACAUCCACUUCCACGCAGUCCAGUGCUCGGUGGUGGUAUGGACGUGGCAGACGUGUGCAUGGAGGUGAUGGAGGCGAUGGACUUAGGAUGUCCCUCUGCGCCGAUGACGGACGUAGAUCAGCGCGCCGAAGUGGCGAGUGGAUUUCCACGCACAGAUAUCUCAGGAGUGUCUACCAUGGAUGAUGGUGAGAUCACUCCAGUGGUGGGAGGCCUAGGAGACGGGAAUGUUCGCCUCUCUCACCCCACCGGCAGUCUUCCUCGAACUGCUGACCUGCUCUCCAUAGGUUCUGCACUCGACGGGCUCCCCGACAUCCGCACCCUCGUUUCACCGUCAUUGUCGUACGUGCAGCCCCCUUGCCCCGAUGGUGGGAGCACCCGGGCCGCAGGAGACGAGGAUGUCGGCCUCGCGUGCCCCGACGGUAGUCUUCCUCGCAUAGGUGACAUGGUGGGCAUGGGCACGCUUCCCGACAGCAUGUUUGGUGCUGACACGAUUAUUCCACCAUCGUUGCCGCUCGUGCCGUCCCCUGGCCUCCAGGGUGGGCCCGCCCGCGACGCAACAGACAGAGGGUUUGACGAGUUCGGUGGAGAUACGAUAUUGUCUGCCAUGGCCUCUGCAACCCCAUCCGUAUUUCGGGUGGGGAAACCCCACGAGGUCGCUCUAGGCUUGGUCGAGACCACGACACGCCAUGGAGGUCUGCCACAUACGAGGGAUGGGCGUAGCUCCGCACAACGUAGCCUCGCUGACUCUUUGGACGGAGCGUCUUCUGACAGCGGCGCGCGAGAGGAGCCUGGGAAGGACAUUACACCAGCUUCGUCGGCUGCCGGUCGCACUGGUGACAGACCUGCCACGCGCAUGGAUUCUGCACCACAUGCGGCCGGGAGGGGCGGUAGGGAGGAGCGACAGGGAGGAGCUUAUGCGGGAGGUUCUUGCCCACCUGUGCCAAGGUUGGCAGCAUCGUCUUUUUACGACCGGGGGAGAGCAGCACCAUUCGAUGGCGGAACCGCGGCAGGGAGGAGUGCAUGCGGCAUGCCAGAUGUGCCCUUUGGAACACGUUCCAUCGGCGUUGUUGGCAGUCGUAACCAUGGUGCGAUGCGUGAGUAUGAGGACCAGCAUGGCAGACGGCUGGCCACGAAGACAUCAGAUGUUGCCUUCACCAGGGUGGUGAAGGCUAGUAUGUGGCGUGCAAAGAGUAAGGGCGGACACGAGAGGUCUUCACAACAUUCGAGUCGUCGUGGCACCGCACCCAGGGAGUCUGUGCAUGGUGACAAUCAGGACGAGGAGGUUGCUGCAGUGCAUGGUGGUGUACCGGAGGAUGGACAGGCAGGUGAUGGAGGCCGUUCACGCAGAUUGUCACGCGUGCAUGACAGCUCCGGCAGCGCAGGGGACGAGCGGCGCAACCACACCGAGGGGGCUGGUCGUGGAGAGAAGAGACGAGGUGCUUUCACCAUUGUACACGAUGACAGUUCUGACAUCCCGACCGACAAGUCGACGGGGGCCGACGACCCAGGUGACUCCGAUUAUAGACCGGAUGGAUCUCAACCAGCACGCAUGGAGUAUGGAUCUCGACCUGCACGCAUGGCUGAUGGAUCACGACCAGCACGGAUGGCGGAUGGAUCUGAUCCUGGAGGACGUCGACUCAGACGCAGGGCAACACUCAAUGCACAGGGACAUUUGACUCCUUCGACUCUGAGACCAUUCAUCCCCCGGCCCCGGGAAGCCUUGAAUGAGAGGAAGUUGGUCAUAAAUCCGGACGCCACGCCUGAGGAGGAACAUGCAAGACGUUACAACCGUCAUAUGGGUCUACAUGAGGUGUGUGUUCUGAUGACCGAUGAACUCCUUCCUCGUGAGCUCGAGAUUCGUUUGCAUUCUCCUCUUCCUGGUGAGCGGCAAACAGUUGUGGUUCCGGAAUGUUCUCGAGCGCACGACUGCUUAAGCAGGAUGGUACAAUCCCUUCUGCACGAUGAGUACAUUGCGCUCUCCAAUAAGGAGAUUGUAAGAAUGACAUUUGAUUUGCCCUAUUGUCCGACGGAUGAGACUAUUCUGGAGCCCUUCUUCAGAUAUGCUCGCAUACAAAGUCUCAUCAAAAGAAUUCAUGUCGGUGUUGCUUCUUCCGCUCUUCCUUCAGCCACUGUCCGUCCUCUGUCAUUACCGGCGUCGUCUCCUGCCAAUUGUCAACGUCUUGCAAAUUAUGCUUCGCCGUCCAAUGUGGGAACGCCCAUCGUCACUGCUUCCACAGUUGUUUAUGCUUCGCCUGCUGCUAUGUUUACUCCAUCUCCUGCUCCUUGCGUUGUCCCCGCUCCUGUCUCACCAGUUGCACAACUGCAUGUCCGUACAGGAGGUUUGCCAGAAGUCAAUGCUUCUACUUUUGAUAUUGCCAUCUAUGAGUCUCUUGCAUCCGUUGGUCCCAAACAUGUGCAUGCGCAUCUCUCCUAUCUUGAUAGCUCUCAGAGGUUGCAAGAUAUCGCGCAAGUGGCUGAGGAGUUGCAUACAGAUAUGAACACGUGGAGGUCUGUUGACGCUGCCAUUCAUCCUGACUACCAUCGGUAGCGACAAAGUCGAUUUCAAACUUUUGAGGAUUAUCGUCGGAAAGUGCUUCAACAAAGUUCUGUUCGUGAC